UUGCAGCGCGCAUGACCCGUGACGUCACCGCCGGCGCACUAUUUAAUUAGUGUUAGUGCGCUUCGCCAGCAAUUAGUGCGCAGGUCAGUGGAGCGACUCAACAUGCCUCCAUUUGAGAAAACUCAACAUCCCAAACCUUUCAAACAGAGGAAGAGUUUAGCUACGAGGAAACACGAGGUGGCGGGAAUCAGAACCAAGUUUCCGACUAAAAUCCCGGUGAUUAUUGAGCGAUAUCAAAGAGAGAAAUAUUUGCCCCCUCUGGAUAAAACAAAGUUCCUCGUGCCUCAAGAACUCACUAUGACUCAGUUCGUCACCAUCAUCAGGAAUCGAAUGACCCUGAUGCCCAAUCAAGCUUUCUACCUGCUGAUCAAUAACUCCGGCAUCGCCAGCAUGUCUGUGACCAUGGCUCAGCUCUAUAAGGACCAUAAAGAUGAAGAUGGGUUUCUGUACAUGACGUACGCCUCACAGGAGAUGUUUGGACACUGUGUGGAAUAUAAGAACAGGUGAUGAGAUCAGAUGAUGGGGGUGGGUUACUUCGUUUACUUCACUGAACUGUGAGAUAUUUAAGUCUUUGUAUAUAGUGUUAACUUUUUAGAUAUACUAUUCUUUUCUUUUUCUAUUGUAUGUUUUAAUUGUCUGUGUAAUAAAUUCUUUAAUUCGUGCAUCGGUCACUAGAGGGAGACGUCUGUUCAUUCAUGUGCUGCAGAAGCGUCCUCAAAUGUGCCUGAGAAAUAAAACUGAAUGUCAAUCUUU